CCUAGGGUCAAAUGCCAUGUGGUGAUUGUGGUGUAGUGUGUGAUUGACUGGUGUGAUUUAAUUUUAUUUGAAUAGUAUUAUGGCUCUUCUUAAAGCAAGGAAAAAACAUGCUUCCAAAAAGUUAAAAGUAUCUUGGCGAAAACACACUGACAUUCAUGAUGUAGAAGAGUUCUUGGAGGACCAAAGAUUGGAAGAGCGUUUAGGGCUUUCAUUAUCUACUAUUUCCGAUAAUGAACUGUUCAAAGUAGAUAUUAAACCGUCUGUGGAAUUGUUGUCAAAAAAGGAAAAACAGAAAUUGAAGGCAAAGAAGCCCUUAAAUUGUUUCUCUGCUCUCGCACCCAGUACAAAAGUAUCUGAUCCAAUUGCAAAGCGGAAUCGCGUAAAGACUAAAGACGAGCAUAAAAAUGAUUUGCUGAAAAAGAAAGAGAUAGAAAAUCUUACAAGAGGAAUUUUAAAACAUAAAGAAAUUCAAGCUAAUGCUAACCGAAAAUUAAAUGAACUUCAGAGAAAGGGUAAAUUGAAAAGAAAUUUUAAUAAGGACUUAUGGGAGAGUGGUAAAAACUUGCAGAUUGAACAAGAUGAAUGGGUUUCAAGUAAUACCAAAAAACAUAAUAUACGAGGAGUUGGUAUACCAUUGAAGAGUAUAAAGAAGGCGGAAAUAAAAACGAAGAGCCCCUUUCCAGCUGUGGAACACCCACAUCCUGGGAUGUCGUAUAAUCCAAGCUUUAAAGACCACCAAGAUUUGCUUAGGAUUGUGACAGAAAAGGAGAUUAAACUUAUUAAAGAAGAAGAUCAUUUAACAAGGUGUACCAAGGGAAUGUUCCAAAAAAUCUUUCCCAGCGAUAGAGAUCAAUCUUGGUUAGUGGAAAUGUCUGAGGGCCUGCCAAGUAAAAAUGGUACAAACAUUGAAGAAAAUGAAAUUAGCGAUAAUGAACAUAAAAGUGUGAACCCCCCUACAAAGAAUACCAAGAAAACUCUAAAACAAAGAAAGAAACAGAAGGAACAAUUGGAGUUAGAGAAGCGCAGGAGGUUAAUAAAAUUAGAGAAGAAAAAAAUUACCGAUAUUUGUAAAUUAAAUAUUCUUAAUAAAAAAAUUGAGGCUAUUGAGAAAAAACAAAACAUCUUACGAGAAAAACGUAUGAAAAGAGCCGAGCAAAAGAAGAAUAAUACAAAAGUUCUGAAUUCUGCUAAAUUUGAGGAACCAGAUUUGGAAUUCAGUAUGGGUCAAGAUAUUGCUGGUAACUUGAAGAACAUGAAAGUGGAAGGCAACUUACUCUUUGAUAGAUUUAAGAGCAUGCAAAAGCGGAACCUUCUGGCACCAACAAAGAAACAGAUUCGCAAGAAGGCUAAAGUUAAGAAAUAUACCAAACCAGGGCAUAAGGAUGAGGAUUGGAAGAAAACUGUUGCACGAUAAAUAAACAUUUUAAGUAAAAACUGUUGAAUGAUGAAAAUGUGUAUUUUUUAUUUGUCUGAAGUGAACACUUAAAAAUA